AUGGCACACUGGCGCCCAAGGCAAAGACAGUUGAUCGACCCAUCACCCCGCGACGACGAAGGAGCUCGCCUGGCCAUAUUAAUAAGGAAGUUACUACUUUAUGAUUUUCAUCCAGGUAGUACUAAGUUGAUAUCCAACUUGAGCAGCAGAACACAGUACGUUAAAAUUAAUGACAAAUUAUAUGGUUGUGUUAAAAUCGUCCACAGAGUUCCGCAAGGUUCUAUUUUGGGGCCACAAAUGUCCAUAGUCAAUUAUGUGGACUUACAACUGCUGGACUGUCUAGUACUGUCCACAUUGUGCAAAUGGAGUGCACUCCAUACAGCUUGUCUCACAAACGACUGGGUCAAGGUCAGAUCCCUCCUCGAUGAGGGUGAGAACAUCCACGUCAGAAGCAGAUUAAGACUAACCCCACUCCACGCAGCUUGCAUAAGAGGCAACAUGGACGUCAUAGAGUUACUUCUCCAAAGAGGCGCCGACCCCAACGCCCUCGAUGCACACUGUAAUACACCUUUGCAUGUGCUUUGCAUGAAGGACGACCCCUUCCUCGUCAAAUUGUUAAUCCGGAAGGGUGCCCAAGUAAACGCCAUGACCUUGGACGGCCAGUCACCACUUUCUUACGCCUGUCGAAAGGGCAACUACCAAACCGUCCGGAUUCUCAUUCUGCAUGGGGCUUCUCUAAACAUCAGAAUUGAAAAUGGGCAGACACCUCUGCACAAAGCUUGCGCCGACUGCAAUGUGGAAGUAUUGACGUUAAUGCUGAUGAUGCGGGCCUUGCUCAACAUAGAGGAUUAUUCCGGGAGGACUGCGCUCCACAUAGCGUGUGAAAGUGGGUUCGAGAAUAUUGUUACGCUGCUAAUAAAAACUGGGGUUCUGGUUAAUGGCAGAAACUUGAAUGGGGAGACGCCUCUGCAUUUGGCUUGUCGACAAGGACUUGAUGCGAUUGUCAGAAUUUUGCUGGAGACGGACGUCGAUAUGAGUGCCAAAAACGGUCAAGGGUGGACACCUUUGCAUCUAGCGUGUAUGAAAAACCACCUCGAAAUCGUUCGUCUUUUGGUGGCAAAGGGAGCUUCUGUAUACGAUGUUAAUAAUUACACUGGAAAAUCCUCUCUUCAUGCUGCUUGUAUGGGGGGCAACAUUUUUAUAAUCAAAUUUUUGAUACAGAAAGGAGUUUUUGUGGAUAGUAGAGACAUUGAAGGCAAGACUCCACUACACUACUGCGCAAGCGUAGGUCAGCACGCAACGGCGAAACGGUUGAUACAGUUUGGUGCCCAAGUGAACGCUGCAGACCACUUUAACAACACACCGCUACAUAGCAUCUGUGAAUACGGGAAUCUGCCGACAUUAACUCUGCUUCUUGAUAGUGGGGCAGUACUGGAUGUUUUUGGGAAGUUGGACAAGACACCCUUACAUUUAGCCUGUGAAAAUGGGUUCUACAGGGGUGUGGAAGCUUUGGUCGCAUCUGGUGCAAAUAAAUACGCGGUGGACGCAAACGGACGAACACCUCUACAGGUGUCAAGGACUAAGAAAAUAUAUUACUUUUUAGGCAAUGAAAUUGUUGGAGAACGUGCUAUUCCGCCGACAUUUAAUGAAACGACACAAAUUAGAAACUGA